AUGGCUGUAGAAACAACCGACCAAGUCCACCAGGACGCCACCCUCGUCUACAACUACCACCGCAUGAACAUGCCCCUCCACCCCGCCGACGCAAUCUUCUGCCUCUGCAGCCUCGACACGCGCAUCGCCGCCCACGCCGCGCAACUCUAUCUCGACGGCCUGGCGCCCUACCUCAUCUACUCAGGCGACUCGGGGGCCCUGACAAAGGGCCUCUUCAGCGAGCCCGAGGCGGUGGUCUUUGCCGCCAUUGCGCGCGAGAUGGGCGUGCCCGAGGACAAAAUCAUCGUGGAGCCCCAUGCCAGGAACACGGGCGAGAAUGUGCGCUUCACGUACGACCUCUUGCGGGAAAAGGGACUGAAAUUUGAGAAGUUGGUGCUGGUGCAGAAGCCGUACAUGGAGAGGAGGACGUAUGCGACGUUUAGGAAGCAGUGGCCGGAUGAGACGACGGUGUUUACGGUUUCGAGCCCGAAGCUGAGCUUUGAUGAUUAUCCUGAUGCGAGCAAUACAAGGGAACUCGUCACCAGUAUCAUGGUGGGCGAUUUGAUUCGCAUUCGGGAGUAUCCUACGCAGGGGUUUCAGAUUGAGCAAGAGAUUCCGGAGGAGGUUUGGGAGGCUGGGCAGAGGCUUGUGAGGGCGGGUUUUGAUAAGCAUCUGCCGUGA